CGCUCAUUGCUACUGCUACUGCUGCUGCUUCUUCUUCUUCUUCUUCGGCGAAGCGCAAGCCAAAGGCGGCGUUUUGAUCGCUUUGCUUGCUUCGAUUGCGCGAGAUGAACCGAUCGCCGACGGACGGGAACGAGCUGGAGGCGUCGGGGCUCGGGCUCUCCCGGUACGGCUCGGAUCCCAGGUCGCUGCUCGCCGGGGUCGCGUCGGAAGGGGGGGGGAUCAGCCGGUUCGCGCCCGCCGGGGAGGACUCUUCGUCGAGCUGCCGCGGCUCGGACCAGGGGCCGCGGGGACCGUACGAGCCGGAUGAGGUACACGCGGCAGUGGAUCUCGCCGCGAAGGUCGCCGGCGGGCCGGCCUUGGUCCGCCACAGUAGCUCGCCCGCGGGGUUCUUCUCUCGUCUCUUAAUGGAUCACGGUCUAUCUUCCCCUAGUGGAAUUGGAAGUUACUCUCGGACCGGCAAUGGUGGUGCGCACACAGUGGCAAGUAGAAGGUUGAGGUCCCAGUGGAGCUUUUCAAGGAAGGACACACUCUCGCAUAUCUCUGAAAUGAGCAUUCCAGAGAUAGGAGAGGAUGUCGACUGUGACAGCAGCUCAGACGAGGCAACCGCACAUGUCGAACAAUCUUUUAUCUCUGGCAAUUUUCAGUUAAGCUCAUGGGAUGAUAGCAAUUCAAUCAUGUUUUCUGCUCCUCACAAGCGAACUAAAGGCAACAACGGGGAUAUACUCACCAGUUUGAGUAACACCGACUCUCAGUUUAACCUAUCAAAGAAUUCAUUAGAGGUGUCAAGCAUCGAGAAGUACCUCCAGCUUCAGCAAGACUCAGUCCCUUGUAGAGUACGAGCCAAGCGUGGCUGUGCAACCCAUCCCCGAAGCAUUGCUGAGAGGUUCAUGCGGUUGGUAGUUGCACUGGUGCACAGUUUCAAUGUUCUUGUUUCUCCUGAUAGGAAAGGAGAACAAGAAUUAGCAAAAGAUUGCAGAAGCUGCACAAUCUUGUGCCCAAUAUGGACAAGCAAACAAGCACAUCAGACAUGUUAGAGUUGGCAAUACAGUACAUCAAAGAACUGCAAAGCCAAGUCCAGAAACUUAAACAAGAACAAGAAGAUUGCAUAUGCACAAGCAGGCAAGAGAAGGCUUGAAACUGUCUCAUUCUUGUGUAUAUAACAUGAUGGUUUGCUGUUAUUGUUGUUGCAUUAAGAUCAGAAGAAUGGUCUUUAAUCUUUUGUGUUUGCAAGAGCAUGUAAAAGAGGUUUGUAGUUGUUCCUAUAUUUUUUCUUGAUCAUCUUAUAAAUUAGGGAUUGAAAUUGUGGGAA